GUGGCGUUCCUGUCGUGCGGCCAAAACAUCCGGAGCGUCUUCAGGUGUCGCAGAAUGAGGUGUUUGUGAAACAUACAGAAUUCUAAUGGGAAGCAAAAAGGUUGCAUAUGCAGGAAACCUGAACAAAAAAUGGAAAAGGCUGGAACAAUGCAGCUGGUUAGGCAGCGCUCGUGGAGAGAGAAGUCAAGUUUACAUUUCAGACUUACAAUGAUAAAUUAGGGAAAAAGAAAAUAUGGACAUGGGUCAACAGCAUCCUUCUUUGAUAAAGGUUCAAGAAAUUCAGAAGGAAAUACAAGAAACCAGUCGACUUGUAUUUUCAUUCAGUGGUACGCAGGCUGAUAAAGAAUACAAGCAACUGGAGAGCUUCUUGACCAAGUUGCUGUUUGAGUUAGAUGCAGUAGAUACAGAUGGCAAGCCAGAAAUUCAGAAUGGCCGCAAAAAUGCAGUAAAGGCUGUGGAGGAACUGUUGAAGGAGCUCGAGCAAACUGCAACUCACCCAUCACGGCUGAAGGUGGAAAAAGUCUUUGGUGAUGCACAGCAGUUGGUUACCGGUGAAUUAUCUUCUGCUGAGGGCUUAAUAACUGAAGAGUUUGCUGAUCGCAUCCAAGAAAUCAUUUUUCAACUGACACAGGUAAAAACAGGAGGGAAAAUUAGUUUGAGGAAAGCCAGAUAUCGAGCACUGACAAGAAUUUGUGCUGUACAGGACAUCAUUGAAAACUGCAUCGGUCGACAAGCAUUAAGUUUACCUCUAUCCACAAAUGCACAUCCUUCUGUUUCUAAAAUCAAUUCUGUUUUAUGCGAAGUUAGCAAAGCAAGGUGGGAUGUGAUUGGCCUAUUGAUGAGCCUAAAUGCCGUGGAGAAUUGUGCACAUUUGUCUCGAAUCCUCACUGGAUUGUUAAUGCAGUUGGAUGCUAUAGAUGUGGCUGGACACUCAGAAGUGAGAAACUACAGGAAACGUGUGGUGCAUGAAAUCAAUUGCUUACUGGGACAUUUGGAGAUGGAGUCAGAGGGAGAGUCUGCUGGGCGUUAUGACCUCGCACAGAAUCAGUCCAUCAAACGUAUAGAAGAAAUACGUCAGAAGACAACACAGUUAAAACAUCAGCUGCUGCAACAGGAAAAUGCUUCUGAUUUGCAUUUCAAACCACAUGCUGAACUGCAAAGUCUUCUCACUGAAUUGGAUCAAGUAGACAUUGACAAAAAUCCAUGUAUUCGUGAAGCUAGGAGAAGAUCUGUAGUUGACGUGCAGGCUGUGAUUGCUUAUGUUGACUUGAAGGAGAUUCUUGAAAAUAGAGAGAACAUGAAAGAAGAGCUGAAAAGUGAACAUCCAUCACAGAAAGCUAUAUGGAAGGUCCUAAGUCAUUUAUCAGAAUUUCAGAGACAAGUACUGUCCUUUGAUGGAGCUAGAACUGACAAGAAUUAUGUGAGACUGGAAGAAAUGCUCACAAAGCAACUUCUUGCACUUGAUGCUGUGGAAACCCAAGGGAAUGAUGGUGCUAAGGUUGCCAGAAAACAAGCAGUGAAGUCUGCCCAGAAUAUUCUUAAUUACCUAGACAUGAAAACAGAUGAGUGGGAAUACUAAAUUGCAGUUCGAUGUGUGAAGUGUAGCUUUUGUGCUUUUGUGACUUGUGCUUUGCACUAUUUUUAACUGCUUAAGAGAAUUGUUCAGGCUACUACCUUUAACAAUUUCAUGCAGAUUAAACCCCAUCUCAUGUUAUCAUUUAUAAAAGUAGACUUCAAGAAAGUUUUUGCACUAUGACUGCAAGAAUUGAAUGUUAUGACUGUGUUUUGGGUAUUUCAUUAUGAUGUCGUUAAGACUUAAGUAAAGUAGCAUUUGGAAAUACUCUAGUUAAAAUAUUGAAGAAUUUAAGCCCCUAUAAAAUGUUGUUUUUCAACUCAUUUUGUUUUGAAUUUCAUGUUCAGGCCAUUAGCUGAGAAGAGUGGGUCUUUAGCUCCAAAUAUUUUCACAGGCAGUAUGGAGUGCUGGAUGUUUUCACACUAAUUAUUUUUGUUUUCUUUAUGAGCUAUGCAUUUUAUUUCUAUUUAACAUUGGAUUAAUAUUAUUCAUAAGCAUAGCUGAUUGUAAACCUUAGUUCAUAUAUAGCAAGCCACUGAAUUGGGCCAUUAGCUGUAUUUUCUCUUAAGACUACAACUCAGUAUUGAAGAUAAUAAAAAGUGAUAGAUUAUUUCAAAAGUGAAUGGCAUUGGCAAAGAAAUUACUUUCAAAUAUCAGUGUUUCAGAGAUGUUGAGUGCCCAUACUUGGAUGACUAUUUCAUCAAACAUGUUUACACUGCACUUGAGAAUGUUUCCAUGACUCUUGACAGAUAGGUGUGAAUAGAUAACUCUUUGGAGAGAAUCCAUAUAAGUAGCUGUACUUGACCGAAGUGCAAUUUAAAUGGUAUUUAAUAAUACUCAAUAAAUUAGAUUUCAAUAAAUUUGAAUUACAAUGUGUUAAUUUUUACCAAAAAUUUCGAUGUUGAUGGGAUACUUAAACUGGGAUAGGGAUUAAGGAAAAAGUUAACACUGCCAUCUCACGAUACUCCAUAGAUUUACAUAGCACAGUAUAGCACAGGAACAAGUCAUUCAGCCUAUGAUGUUUGUGCCAGGCAUGAUGCCAGAUGAAACUAAUCCCAUCUGCUCGCCAUGAUCCAUAUCCCUCCAUUCCUUUCACGUUCAUGUGUCGGUCUAAAUGCCUCUUAAAUGCCACUAUAGUGUCUGCUUCCACCACCAUCUCUGGCAGCGCAUUCCAGGCACCUACUACUGUCUGCCAAAAAAGCUUGCCCCGUGUAUCUCCCUUAAACUUUCCCUCUCCCUCUCUCACCUUAAAGCUAUGCCCUCUAGUAUUUGACAUUUCUGCUCUGGAAAAGAGACUCUGACUAUCUGGCUGUCAUAAUUUUAUAAAUUUUACCAGGUCUCUCCCUCAGCCUCUUGUACUCCAGAGAAAACAAUCCCAGUCCGUCAAACCUCUCAUUUAGCAUGGGAAUUUUGUGAAGCUUCAAGGAAGUUAUUCUGGACACUGAUGGCUACAACAAUACUAUGUAAUACAGUGGUAAUGCAAGUAGAUAGCAACAUAGAUAUCAAGCAACAAUAAUACCAUAUCUAUGUACAUUACUCACCACGUUUAAGUCUGAUGCCUCAAGGAUGAGUCCUAUGGAGAGGGGGUGAAGCAUGUUCAUUGAAUAAGAGACCAUAAGUAUAUUAUUUCAUAUUAAAUUACUUAAUCUCCAUUUUAAAUUAUGGUAAUGUAAUACGUACAUCAUUGUUAUCCCCAUUCCACAAAAACAAGCCGAUUAAAUCUAUUGUAUCUUUCCCCAGCUCACCCUUGCCCAUAUUUCUACUAUAUCUCAAAAUAGAAGAAACACCACUUGUCCAAACAUUAUUCAAAAGUGUUGAAUAUAAAUUAAACAUAUUGGAUGGAUAAGGGCACUGUGAAUUCAUCAGUAUUCAAAUUACAUUGGAAUCAAUAUUGUACCUUGCCUUCCCCUCAAAAAAAAAUUAAGCCAGCUUUUAGAAGUAAGGAAUUUUAUUAUGUUCUUUACACCUUUAAAUGAGAAAAGACAACUCCUUCUGUGGUAUACCCUUUGUUCAACAGUAGUAUUAAAUUGGUAAUUUCUGCAGUUCAAAUGAGGCAAUUGAAUUGCAAUAGAUUGCCAUUCAAUACCACAUGUAUAUCUUGUGAAGAACAUGAUGAGUUGCAGUUUUUAAAGAGAGUAUUACACGUGAAUUUUAAAUUCUGGUCUUUGUCUCCAUUUCUACAAAAUAUGAUUCUACAUUAGUGUGAUAACAAGAUUUUGAUACUCCUAACCCAGAUAGCUAUCAUACAUUUUUCUCCAUUUUUGUGAAAUAGUGGAAAAGAUAUGCUUGAGAAAUAUAGUAAGGCUGCAGAUAGGCAAAAGCAUGCAACAAUCAUUCUCGCAGUUUCCACAUCUUUCCCCACACUUUGGAUUUAAAAGAUCUCAAAAGUCUUGUAAUGUUCAUUGUUGCUUUCGAUGCCGUUUAUCUACAUUGCAAGUAACAGUGUCAUCCCAAAUGGUUCCUCAAAUAAAUCUGCAGAGGUGUUCAUGCUAGCUGCAGUAUAUGGAUUUGUUUUUUUGUUCUGGAAUAGUUGGAAUUAGAGAACCAUUUUUCAAUCAUCUGCUAGCAUUUCCAUGAAUAUCAGUGGACAGGGGUGGCUAGGCAAUGUUAACUGGCAUCCAGCGUUAGCUUGCUGUCACUUGUGCAAAAUUCUGCUCCACAUGAGAGGCUGAUAACAAUUCUGAAGGAAAGCUUAAUUAGAGCGUUGAGACCCCACUUUGGUGUUGGUUAAGAGCCCAACCCUACCUGGGUUGCUUCUAGAAAGACUAAGGUAUCCAUUUUCAAAGUCAGUCAAGUUUAUUGUCAUAUGCAUAAGUACGCGUAUGCAAUGAAAAGCUAACUUGCAGCAGCAUCACAGGUACAGAGCAUCGUAUAAGCAGCAUUCACAAGGAAAACAUAAAUUAAUCAUAAAUUAUACACAAUUUUGACAAGAAAAAAACAAUUAGAACAAAGAAAAAAACAAGGUCCAUUUUAGUGCAAAGUGAUCAGAGUGGUCAUAGUGUUGCUAAACUGUAGUGCUGAUUCUUGAAGCUGGUGGUGUGGGACUUCAGGCGUGCGUACCUCCUUCAGAAAGGUACGUCGGUAUUAAUACUAACAGGUAUGUCCAUAUCACUGAUCACUCCCCACCCCACUCCACCCCCACAUUGGUGCUGAUUAUUAGCAACCUACAACACUUUGUGAUUUCCUGAUAUUGCAGAGGAAAGGCCUAUUCUUCCAUACAAAGUACUAUGUAAUGUGUGUGGUAGAUUAUCAGAGCAUCUCCUUCCAAAGUAUUCCUUCUCAGGAGGCUAAGGCAAGCUGUGCCUGGAGUCAUAGUUUGGGCAUUCUUGAGCUAAAUGGUGAUUAUUUCCUAUUAACUUCCGUCACUUACAAGUAUCAGAGGAGAUAUUUGACUGUUUCCUUCAAUUGCUUCUUCUGUAAUUUAUCCUCCUCUUUAGUGGUUAACCUAUAAGUAGAAUGGUCAGGUGAGUGGAUAGGUGUAAUUACUGCCAUGUCACAGAGUUCUGCCAGUAUUGUCUGUAAUUGGGAAAAUAUUUUGUACUACGUUGUGACUUUUUUUUUGAAGAAAGUAUUAAUGAGUAACAUCCAAAAAUCCGGAAAAUCAGUCAGUCCAGCACCAGCUGAAGUCCCAAGGGUGCCUGGUCACUGGAGUAUUACUCCAGUUGGAGAAUUUGGGUGUGGGUUGUGGGUUGGAUGGUGAGAGCAUGUUAUCAUUAAAAGAGAGAAGGCAUUAGAUGUCAGUGGGCUUAAAAGGUAGAUAAGUCCCUGAUGAGUUGUUUCCAGGGUUGCUCUGGGAGCAAGGGACAAGAUCACUGGGGCUCUGACGUUUUUAAAUCUUUGCUUCCUUCAUUCAGGAAAAGCAGCAGGGACAAACCAGGUAUUAGUCACUGUGUGACUAACAUCAGUGGUAGAGAAGUUACUGGAAAAAAUUCUGGGUUCCAGAUUAAUCUGCAUUUGGAAAGGCAGGUAUUAAUCAAAUUUUGAAAAUUUGAUUAAAAUUUUAUAAAAGUUGAAAAUUUAUCAACCAUGUGGCCACCGAGCAAGAAACAGCUCUUCUAAAUUUCACAUGUGACAAUCAAAUGGCUUUGUUAGAGGGAAGUUCCUGUCUUAUAUCACUGAAUUUUGACAAGGCCCCACAAGGUCCAAAAGGUUAAAACCCACAGGAUCCAUCUCAAUUUGGCAAAAUUGGCUUGGUAAUGGGAGACAGAUCAAUGGUGGAGAAGGUUUUUUUUUUGUGAUUGGAAGCCUGUGACUACUGAUGAACCUCAGGGAUUGGUGCUGGGAUCCUAAUUGUUUGUUAUAUACAUUAAUGAUUUAUAUUAUUAAUGUGGGAGAUAUGAUUCGCAAGUUUGCAUAGGACAGAAAAAUUGGUGGUGGUGUUGAUAGGGAAGAGUGUAGUCUUAGGCCACAGGAUGAUACUGAUCAGUUGGUAAGACAGGCAGAGCAAUAAUAAAUGACAUUUGAUCUUUAUAACUGCAAGGUGAUGCACUUUGAAAGGGCUUAUACAUGUAGAACAUACACAAUGAAGGGUAAGGCCCUAGGAAGUAUUGAGGAAGAAAGGGAUCUUGGUGUACAAGUCCAAGGAUCCCUGAUGGUGGUAGCACAGGAAGAUUAAAAGGUAUUCACGAUUAGCUGGAACAUAAAAUACAAGGGCAGGGAGGUUAUGGUACAAAGUUAUAAAACAUCAGUUAGGCCAUUGUGUGCAGUUCUAGUCACCAGACUACAGAAAGGAUGUGAUUACACUGAAGAGUGCGCAGAUGAGAUUCACCAGGGAUGGAGCAUUUCACUAAUGAGGAGAGACUGAAUAGGGUUUGUUUUCCCUGGGGCAAGGGAGGCUGAGGGAGGACCUGAUAGAACCAUACAGAAUUCUGAUGGGCAUAGAUAUGACAGAUGGUAGGAAACCUCUCCCCAUAGAAGGGUGUGUAAAACUAGAGGACAUAAGUUUAGGGUAAAGGGCAAGAAAUUUAGAGGGGAUCUAUGGAGGAUUUUUUUCCACCCAGGGGUGAAUGCAAUGUGGAACCUACUGCCUGUGGGUGGAAGAGGUUUAGUAGGGGCAGAGACUCUCACAUUUGAGUAGCAUUUAGACAAACACUUGAUUCAUGCUAAUUCCAUUUAGAUGUUAAAUAUUUCCAAAUGCAUAGAAAAUAUUUUUGAAAUCACAUUUUAUCAUUAACAUAGUUUGUUAAAAUUAAUUCUGUGAUGGAUGAAAUUCAUGGUAAUUUUUGUGUAGUGCUUAUGUUAACAAAUCUACAAUUUAAAUUUAUUUUACAUUCUUAAAGUUGAUAAGGCAUUAGUAUUCAACAUAAUGUAGAUACUUACUGAAUGUCAUUCUUUUAUCAGAAAUAUCAGCCUUCGAGGCGGCACGGUAGUGUAGCGGUUAGUGUAACGCUGUUACAGCACCAGCGACCCCGGUUCAAUUCCCGUCAUUGUAAGGAGUUUGUACGUUCUUCCCGUGUGUCUGCUUGGGUUUCCUCUGGGUACAUCAAUUUCCUCCCACAUUCCAAAGACUUACAGGUUAGGGCUAGGAGUUGUGGGCAUGCUAUGUCGCCACUGGAAGAGUGGCGACACUUGCGGACUGCCCCCAGCAUAUUCUCAAUAACACAAAAAGACGCAUUUCACUGUGUGUUUCAAUGUACAUGUGACAAAUAAAUAUCUAAAUAUCUAAUGGGUAGUAGCUGUUGAAAUGCAUUAAAUUACAUUGCAUUUUAAUUAAUCCUUGCUUAAUAUACUGUAAAUAAUAGCCAUUGCAAUAUUCAUCAGAUUGUUUAAAAUGUUAUCCUUGGCUACCCUGGAGCUUGUGGGAAUCAAUUAAGUCAAAUGACCAAUCUUUCUACAAUGGUACUAGAGUCAGAAGUACAAACCUGCUUUUGAAAUCUUGCGCUAUCUUAAACCUCUGCAAGCAUAGAAAUCAUCACCCUCUCACCAGCAGUAUGUCAUGGUUGCAUUGUAUACGUGUAUGGGGAGCCUUGCAGCAACACAACCCAAUCCUGCAAAGGACAAAAUGACAAGGUAGAUUGGAACACCAGGUUUUAUUUUGCUGUGCUGUGCCUAAAGUCUCUACUUGCGUUUAUAUCAAUGAGACAAGUAUUGUGAAAAUCAUAAAAACAGUAGCUGGAGGAAAUCUGAAACAAAAACAAACAAAUGUUGGAAACAGUCAGGGGGUCAGGCAGCAUCAGUGGAAAGGGAAACAAGAGUUUGUGUUUCAGGUCCAACAUCCUUUGUUCUGAUGAAGGGUCUUGGACCUGAAACACGAAUUCAGCUUUUCUUUCCAUUGAUGCUGCCUGACCCCAGUUUUGAAUCAAGGAUAGUGUUUGUUUUCAAUUUGUCUUUGCUGGAAUGAGAUUUUAGUCCAUAAUAUUUGAUGAUUGUAGAAAAAUAAUCUUUGUUUUCUGUUAGUUUUGUUGUGUAUAUUAUCUUGUAAUUCAAUCGCCAGCUCAGAAUGUUUACAGUUGUAUUCUUGUUGAAUAGUACCGUCCAAAGAAUAAAUAUUCUUUUGAAUUUUUCUUA